UCUCCCCCACACCGCAAACCAGCCAAUCACAGACCACACACCCCACUGCGCUCAGGCCAUCUUCUUCUCGUACGAGUAGUGACCGAGGGAGCUAGAGAGCAGGCAGCAGCAGGGAUGGCUGGACCGAGGCUCGCGACGCUGGCGCUGGCCGUGCUCCUGGCGGCGGCCGUGGCGGCUCCCCCGGCGGCGGUGCGCGCGGCCAUUUCGUGCAGCACCGUGUACAACACCCUGAUGCCGUGCCUGCCGUACGUGCAGAUGGGCGGCGCGAUGCCCCCGCAGCCGUGCUGCGGCGGCAUCCGCAGCCUGCUGGCGCAGGCCAACAACACCCCCGACCGCCGCGCCAUCUGCGGCUGCCUCAAGAACGUCGCCAACGGCGCCUCCGGCGGGCCCUACGUCACCCGCGCCGCCGCGCUGCCCAGCAAGUGCGGCGUUUCCCUGCCCUACAAGAUCAGCACCGACGUCAACUGCAACACGAUUAACUGAGGCGUCCGGUGCGAGGAAAUUCAUGGCGGAGAAUGAAUAAAAUGAUGCUAGUAUUUAAGAAGAUAGAACGGAUGGACUAGUGGAUCGAGGUGUGCUUGUCUCUAGUCUUCGUCGUUGAUGGUGUUUAGGAAUCGUCUGAAGAAGUUCCCCCUACUGGAGCGUCUCGUGGAUGUUCCCGCGAGCAUAGUCAUGAACCUGCGUGUGUGCUUCUGUGUACCAUGGCUAUGUAUUUCCUCGUCAAGUACCUAUUGUUGCAGUAUCAUCACCGCCGUGUGCUUUGUUAA